GGUGGGCAAGAGUGGGAAUGGCUGCCACCAGUUUGGAGUCGGUCGCGGCCCAUCAUCCUUGUAGGCUCGUAGACGAUCUCCGUACGAGUCCAUAGUAUGUGCGUGGACGAAAAGCCCAUCUUCUACUGGCUGCCAUGAUCGAGCUACAGGGCAACACUUUCUGUUCCCGUGACUGACUGCCGUGUCCGAAAUAGUCGCGUGAGCUUUCACCGUGGUCGCGGUCAUCUUGCACUAUUUUAUGGUUACAUUUGUAGCGACUAGUGAACCGUAGCUGGUGGCCUUUGGAGGCUGGUGGGCGAGCAGAGCCGUGACGGAGCCAGCUGCUCGGUACAGUGACGUUAGCAAACAAGCUAAUUAGCCGCAGAGACUCACCCAGGAUUACUGACUGUCUCUACAAGCGAACGGCGCUCAGGUUUUUAAGGCUAACGUGCACACGCCAAAAUGAAGAUCACUGUGGAUUUCGAGGAAUGUCUGAAGGACUCUCCACGGUUCAGGGCUACCAUAGAGGAAGUGGAGGGGGACGUAUGCGAACUGGAAUCCAAACUUGACAAACUGGUGAAGUUGUGCAUUGGGAUGAUAGAUGCUGGGAAAGCUUACAAUGCUGCCAACAAACAGUUUGUCAGUGGCAUCCGGGAACUUGCUCUACAAUCAACCAAAGAUGAGGUUAUUGAGUCUAGUCUCUCAAAGUUUGCAGAAAGCCUUCAGGAGAUGAUCAACUACCACACGAUAUUAUUCGAUCAGGCCCAGAGAUCAAUCAAGACCCAGCUUCAAACAUUUGUUAAAGAUGACCUACGUAAGUUUAAAGAAGCCAAGAAGCAAUUUGACAAGGUGAGUGAAGAAAAGGACGCAGCACUGAUCAAGAAUGCCCAGGCUCCCCGCAACAAGCAGCAUGAAGUGGAAGAGGCGACCAACAUCCUUACUGCCACACGGAAGUGCUUCCGACACAUCGUCCUCGACUACGUUUUGCAAAUUAAUGUGCUACAGUCCAAGAGAAGAUCGGAAAUCCUAAAAUCUAUGCUGUCCUUUAUGUAUGCCCACCUGACUUUUUUCCACCAAGGCUAUGACCUCUUCAGUGAAUUACAGCCGCUAAUGAAACAGCUUGGAGGGCAGUUGGACCAGCUGGUGGUGGAUGCUGCCAAAGAGAAGCGGGACAUGGAGCAAAAACACUCCACCAUCCAGCAAAAGGACUUCUCAAAUGACGACACCAAGUUGGAAUACAACGUGGAUGCAGAUAAUGGCAUCGCCAUGGAAGGUUAUCUUUUUAAAAGGGCCAGCAAUGCCUUCAAGACAUGGAAUAGACGGUGGUUCUCCAUCCAAAAUAAUCAGCUUGUUUACCAGAAGAAAUUAAAGGACAACCCGACAAUUGUUGUGGAAGACUUGAGGCUGUGCACUGUCAAACACUGUGAAGAUUUAGAGCGACGUUUCUGUUUCGAGGUGGUGUCACCUACCAAGAGCUGCAUGAUGCAAGCAGAUUCUGAGAAGCUGCGACAGGCGUGGAUCAAAGCAGUCCAGAACAGUAUCGCCACGGCCUUCCGUGACAAGGGAGAUGACGCAGAGAAGCUGGACAGGAAGUCUUCCACAUCAACAGGGAGCUUAGACUCUGGCGGGGAGCCCAAAGAGAGAUCACUGAAGGGGGAGAGUGCCCUGCAGAAAGUCAUCGCCAUCCCUGGCAACGCUUGUUGCUGUGACUGCGGCCAGCCAGAUCCACGCUGGGCCAGCAUCAAUCUAGGCAUAACUCUUUGUAUCCAGUGCUCUGGAAUUCACAGGAGUCUGGGAGUUCAUUUCUCAAAGGUCCGGUCCUUGACUUUAGAUUCAUGGGAGCCAGAACUACUUAAGCUUAUGUGUGAACUUGGAAAUGGAGUUAUUAACCAGAUAUAUGAGGCUCGGCGAGAGGAGCUGGGAGCGAGAAAACCACAGCCAGGAGACCCAAGACAUGAAGUCGAGUCCUACAUCAAAGCCAAGUAUGUGGAUCGCAGGUUUGUCCGCAGGCCAUCUGAUGAGGAACUUCGGAGCAAGGUGGUGUCCCUCAGUAAACAGGAGAAGAGACUUAGCAGCAGCUCUGAGCAUCUUCCCCCAAGACCGCCACCGCCCACUCCAAAACUUCGACCUGGUUCCAACACCUCCGGACAGUCAGUCAAAAGUGCAGACAGUGGCAUCCAGCGUAGCGCUGACGGCAGCAGAGAAAUUCUGGUCACCACCCCCUCUAAUAGUAGUUUGGCAGAGGCAGAUGUUGCUGAGACUCCACCCAUGCCAACCACCCUGCCUCCACCAUCGCCUUGUAAGGAGGUGGUGUUCUACGAACCCAAGGAGUACAGUUCCGGCCUUCAGCUCUACUGGGCUUCAUGUGCUCGCAGCCUGCCCGACAUGGCUGAGGCCUUGGCCCACGGAGCCCAAGUCAACUGGGUCAACACGGAAGAUGACAAGAGGACGCCACUCAUCAUGGCCGUGCAGGGGGGUUCGCUAGUGACCUGCGAGUUUCUGCUCCAGAAUGCGGCCAAUG